GGAGAAACCGGUUGCAACAAAAGAAAAUGAAUGAUUUGGUAUUUGUUAUGUAUAACAUAAAAUUGAAGGAGAGGAACUUGAAAAGACAAGCUGUCAUAGAACCAAUUAUUUUUGAAGAUGUCUCUUCCGAUGAUGAAUGGAUUACCGAAAAAGAGGAUUCGGUUCUUCCAACAAAAACUAAAUGGUUGAGGGUUCUUGAUGACAAAGUUCAAGAAGAUGAUUCCGAUGAAGAAGAUGAAGUAGAAAGGAUGACUAGGACACUUGAGGAAAUUUAUGCAAUUGAUGAUAAUGAAGAUUUGCAGCCAUUAAAUCCUAUUGAUGAAGCUAAUGAGGAAGAUGGUGCAGGGUUCAAUGAUGACUUUAUGGAUAUGUAAUUUUAGUUUCUAACUUUGGAGAGGGAUGAGUUAGGAUUUGAGAUUUAUGGACUAUUUUAUUUUGUGUUACAUCCUCUUUUAUUUAUAUUCAGACUUUGGAAUAUUUUCUUUUACUUUUAUUUAUAUUC